CUGACUCUCUGAAGGUUGCGUAAGAGUUGAAAUUUUGAGUUGAGCGCACGUCGUCUGGUCUCCGCCCUUGCUCGGAAACUAUCGAAGUGUACCAAAGCGCUUUCUAAACUAUUGAGAAACUAUUUGCUCUCGAAACAAAUCGAAGCAUGUACUGACUUGAAUCUUUUCACUGCAUUUCGCUUUCCACCUCGUAUUAUCACCCCAAGCGGACAUGGAGUUGGACCGGCGGCUGUUGCUGGCUCACUGUGCCGCUCACGCCCUCUCCAUGGCGGCAGGCUUGUUGGUGGUCGUUCCGAUGGCCCUCAACGGCUCCGCUUUCAAAGGCCGCUGCGCGCUCUUCUCCUGCGGUUACUGGAGGACGGAAGGGCCGGAGCAGGGAUCGGAGCCCGGCGAGCGGGAGGAAGGGGGCGUCGCCAGCCUGGUGGUGCAGCAGUGGGGUCCACCGUCGGCCUGCCAGUUCGCCACCUUCGUGGGUAUUUUUACGGUACUGUACGGGGCCGCGCAGGGCUGGAGGUGCCUCUUCUACCUCCACGGACGACAUGACGACACUUUGUUUUCAUCCUUCCUGACGGUGCUGCUGAGUACAUGCAUGUUGUUCCUGUCGGGCGGUGCCAGCGUCAUCUUGUCCCUGGGCCUCGCCUCCUGGUGCGACACGGUGACCAACAACAAUACGCAACCCUUCAGUUGCGCAGAGUCCCAGUCUGUUCCGCUAUAUCUGGAUGUGGACACAUCGUCUUUCUACGCGGAACUUAGUCUGGCGGAGGCUUCGCUCUGGUUUGUGACGCUGCUGUGGUUGCUCCAGUCCGCCCUGGCCUUUAUGCGUCUGUACCACUCGCACAACGGACCGUGCCUCUUACGGGAAAAGGAGCUUCUUUGGAGGAAUGCUCCGUUGGAAGGCUCCCCUUCCACAUCCUUGUAUUCCCCAGAAACCCCCACCAUCAUGGUCUAAUGCCCUAAGGAGCCCUUGAAGGGAGCUCACAGGUUUUUUUUUUUUUUUUUGCACAUAUGUGUAAACUCACCCAUGAAGUUGUGUCUUAAGGUCCUGUUUGUUUCUUUAUACAAAUAAUGUAUUAUUACAUUAAUGUAGCUCUGCAUGGAUUUGCAGAAUCACAUAUAAUCACUGUUAGCGUCAGUAUGGACAAAUACAGUAUAGUUAUAGGAAAACGGCCAAAUGGUUUUGUGGCACCGACCACUUAGUCCAGAAAAACAACAGUAGCCUACAGUCUUAUGGUUUACUAAUUUUUUUUAAUGCUAUACACUAUUCAUACCACUAAGUAGAAGAUGAUGAUCUUCCUAGCAUUCUAUGUAAUGUGCAUGGUUAUUUACUGAACAGUUUGCACUUUUUGUCUACUGGUCAGGUAGAAUUUGUGUGGUUUGAUGUUCACAUGUAGCACUGAGAUGGUUUUACAGUGGGCAUGUAAGGUGAGAGUGACUGAGCCACGAUGUUUACAGUGAAACUGCAUGAAUGUGAGUGUGAGCAUGAAUCCUCUUCCCCACCCUCAUCGACCAAAAAAAAAAAAGAGCACAACUGUCCGUGUCUCUGCUGGUGUCGAUUUUUAAAUUAUGAUGCUGUCUGUGUGGAUGCGACCGCUGUAGAUGAUAUUACAGAUCAGACGGUCCACGCUGAAGUUUGAGUGGAACCCAAACAGGUCUGCCGAAUACCAACUUUGCUGAGAAACAAAUGAUACGAAGUCGUUGCGAUGACACAGAGGCAGCGGAGUUAGAAAUCCGAAAAAAGCCACAAUAGCAGUUUGUCACUUUUUGGACUUGUAAUUUGGGAAAAUUAUGUAAGUGCUUUCUACCUCUUGUUCUUCUGUUCCAUAAUAUUACUGUCUUUGAAUAAAGAGCUUGUCAUUUUUGGAGAA